UGUACUUGAAGUAAACAUCAUUCAAGACCUGAUGUCUCUAGAUACUGCAGGAGUGCAAUCUGAUUUUCUUUAUUAUAUAACAACUGAAAGCGACUUAUUUUUACGUGGUUGGCAUGCUUUUAAGUUUAUGAGUGGGUUGCAAAAUUUGAAAUCACUUAGUUUGUCAGAGAAGAUUCUCAAGGCUCUCUAUUUUUCUCAACGGAGAUUGCCAACUUUCAGAAACUUGAUUAAGUUGGAGCUUAUACCUUUUUAUUGCCAUGACUGUCCUCGCAUGUGUGUCUGGAAAGUGUUAUCAAGCUUAUUUGAAAGUUCCCCUAACCUUGAAGUGCUUAUCUUCCAGGAAGUCUUUAAGAACUACUUUAGUGAAGACGAGGAACUUGAUUCUGUUUUCCCAGUGGCUCUUCCACUGACUUUCAUUGAACAUCUUAAGGAAAUAGAAUUCAAAAAUUUUGAAGGGAGGAACAUGAAUUCAAGCUGGUAG